UAGUAGUUUUGUAAUAUUUUUUUUAUAAAAAAAAAGAGUCAAACAAAAAUGUCUUCAUAAGAAACUAAAGUUCUCUUUGCAACUCACAGAUCUUGAGUUCUUUCACAAUCUGAAACAUGAACACCCCUUCUCUUAAACUUGUUUCUGAAUGUUUUAUCAAACCAUAUCCUCCAAUCGAAGACUCAAAGCAAAUAUGCUAUUUAGCACCUUGGGAUAUUGCUAUGUUAUCUACACACUAUAUCCAAAAGGGUCUUAUCUUCAAAAAACCAACAUCAUCAUCACUAAACCAACAACAUUUCAUUGAGAAUCUAGUUGACAAACUCAAACACUCCCUUUCUCUCACACUUUUCCAUUUCUACCCCCUCUCAGGUCGUCUUGUUACACAGAAAACCGAAGAUCCUCCAUCUUACAAUGUUUUUGUUGAUUGCAAAAACAGUGAUGGAGCUAAAUUUAUCCAUUCAACUUCAAAUAUCACCAUCAAUGAUAUCCUCUCACCCGUUGACGUACCGCCGAUUGUUCAAUCAUUUUUUGACCACCAUAGAGCCACUAACCAUGAUGGUCACACCAUGUCUUUGUUGUCUAUUCAAGUAACUGAAUUAGUGGAUGGUGUUUUCAUAGGUUGUUCCAUGAAUCAUUCUAUUGGUGAUGGAACUGCUUAUUGGAGUUUCUUCAACACAUUUUCUGAGAUAUUUCAAAAUGGUGCUACUAAUCUUCAUCCAAUUUCACAUCCACCUAUACAUAACAAAUGGUUUCCACAAGGUUAUGGUCCAAUUAUCAACCUUCCUUUCAAACAUCACGACGAGUUUAUUCGUAGUCAUGAAUCACCCAUUUUGAGAGAGAGGAUCUUUCAUUUUUCAGCGGAGUCUAUAGCGAAGCUUAAAGCAAAGGCUAAUGAAGAGUCUAAGACAACGAAAAUAUCUUCUUUCCAAUCUUUAUCAGCAUUAGUUUGGAGGUCUGUAACUCGUGUGCGCCAACUAUCACUUGAUAAGAAAACGAGUUGUAAAAUGGCUAUAAACAAUCGAACGAGAAUGGAGCCGUCUCUUCCUAAGGAAUAUUUUGGGAAUUCAAUUUACGCGGUGAGUACUGAAACAACGGUAGGAGAAUUACUGGAGAACGAUCUAGGAUGGGCAGCAUGGAAGAUUCAUCAAACUAUUGCAAAUUAUGACGACAAAAUUGUACGUGGAUCAUUGAACCAGUGGUUACAAUCUCCAAUAGUGUUUCGAAUGGACAUGAUGGUUGAUCCUUAUACCGUGUUGAUGGGUAGUUCACCUAGGUUUAAUAUGUAUGGGAAUGAAUUUGGAAUGGGAAAAGCUUUAGCAGUUAGAAGCGGGUAUGCUAACAAAUUUAAUGGAAAAAUAACAUCAUAUCCAGGACUAGAAGGAGGAGGAAGCAUAGAUCUUGAAGUGUGUCUUGCACCGGAUAUAAUGAUGGCGCUGGAAAAUGAUAAUGAGUUCAUGAGUUCAACUUCGGUGUUUAAUCUCUUGUUCUAGUCUUUGUGUAUGCUAUAGUAGUGUGUUUAAUGGGGAUGCGAGGUGUAAAUUAUACUUUUACACUGCAUCAUAAAGAAAAAUAAGGGAUGCUGCCUGCUACUGCUAUUACUUGACCCAUUUCCUGUUUUCAUUUCAACAAAAAAUAGAAAAUAUAUGGUUUAAUUAUAA